UCCUGCAGAAAAUCUCUGUGUAGGCACGGCCGAUAAAUGGAAAGCGUCCCACUUUCUGACCUGUAGCUGGUUUAAGCACAAGUUCUGUCUUAGCAGAGAUUUUGCCGUAUGUACGGCGUACAGCUUUGUGGGCUCUAAGCGUAGGACUCAUGUACAUAGGCCUAUCAUAGCUGAUCUGCAUAUCUUCACGUUGUUGGGCAACGAAAGUCUGCCUUUGUGAAAGAACCUGCGGUUGAAAGAACAUGCCUUCGAUUGUUGCCAAGGACCCGCGAGGGAACACCAUAAACUAUCACGAAUUUCAAGGGAAACGCUUCCCGCCAGUGCCGAUUCAAAUCCAUGACCUUGACAUUAGUUUGGCGAACCUUCCCGACAUUCCUUGCAGAGAUGAUGACGUCACUAUUGUCACCUAUCCAAAGGCCGGUACGCACUGGACCUGGGAAAUAGCGAACAUGCUAUUGUCAAACGGAACGGAGGUGUCUAAGCGAGAAAAGGAAGAGUCUAUGAUAGAAGUACAGCCGACAGAAAAGAUUAACAACCUACCGUCUGUGCGCAUACUCAACACGCAUGUCACACCGGAUAUCUUCCCAAAGGAGCUCGUGACCAAGAAGGCGAAGAUUAUCUAUGUCACGAGGAACCCUAAGGAUAUAUUUGUGUCCUAUUAUUACCAUGUGAAGAAAAUAAAAUUUUACAACUAUGGCGGAGACUGGGACAGUUUCUUUGAGCACAUUAUGACAGGUUUAGUUGAUUUUGGGGACUGGUUCACCUUUACAAAACAAUGGGAAACCUUCUUCCAAGAACAUCAGGAUAUCCCUCUCUUGAGGCUCAACUAUGAACAACUCAAACAGGACAUGGGGACAGGCGUGGACAAAAUCGCCAAGUUUCUGGGAGUUUCGUGCAAUGAAACUACUCGUGAAAACAUCGUACAGAAGUGUGACUUCGCCAACAUGAAACAACAGAAAGGCGUAAUGUCUGAGCACAUGAAAGGAAUGAUAGAGGGAGACGAACAUCCAAUGUACAGGAAAGGUGUUAUUGGCGACUGGAAAACGCAUUUCACGGUAGCUCAGAGCGAGAGGUUCGAUGAGGAAUACAAGAAACAGAUGAGCGGUUAUUCGUUUGACUUUGAAAAAUACAUGUAGUGGGACUGCAUAAGUUUACAUAUAUACAGGAUCAAAUUGCCAUUUCAUCCCACACUUGUAAAUCAUUCAUGUAUCUACUUAAAUAAACCUACAAUAUUUUAC